UUUUUUUUUUUUUUUUUAAUUCUCACAAUACCAAGAAUUGCCAUCAAUGCAGCAAUUUUUCUUGCGAAUGUCUAUCUUAGUACAAGACACUUAUCCAAAAUUGCACAGUUCAUUGUGAACAUUGCAGAAAGCCUUGCUCUUUUCAUUAAUUUACUCUACUUGUUACCAGCAUACCAAUAGCUUCUCUUCUUUUGCGUAUGUUAUUCAAAAUGAAGUGAAGCAAUGCAAAUUUAAUGUCAGCAGAGUUCGUCACGCUUAUCCGAAGACUUCUUGUUUCUCUUUUUCUGUACACAGGUCUACAAAGAUGCAGGCAGUUGGACCAGCAGGCUUCUAUAAUGUGCCAGUAACAAAGUUCUUAGUAUUGUUUAUUGGCAGUUGUUCUAUCUUGACUUCCAUCUUUAACAUGAAGCAAUAUUUUCAACUACAACUGACGCCACAUAUUACCGUACAUCAUCAGUUUUGGCGACUAUUGACCUCUCAUAUAGCCUUUGGUAAUUCAGGAGACGUCUUUUUUGGUUCUCUAUUACUAUACACACUUAGAGUGAUUGAAAGACAAUAUGGAAGUGCUAAAUAUAUGGCUUUUAUUUCUAUAUCCAUCGUAAUUGCUACUCUUCUAGAAGUGGGUGCUUUAGUAUUAGGAGCUCAGAUUGGACUCAAGAGUAUACCAGGCGGGCCAUAUGCAUUGAUCUUUUCUUCAUUAUACCAAUACCAUCGCAUUAUUCCCAUCACCUAUCGUUUUCGGAUAUUUGGUGUUGUUAUGAGCGAUAAACUAUUUCUUUAUGUCUUGGCUUUACAGAUGGCCUUUUCGCAAUCCUAUCAAACAUUAAUACCUGCAUUGUGCGGUGUUUUAUCUGGUGCGCUCUAUAGAACAGAUAUUGGUAAUAUGAAGCAAUGGCGCUUUCCCUCUUUAUUACAGAAGAUGAUAGUACGAUUUGUUAAGCCACUACUCGUAUCACCACCAAUUGCUCGAUCUGCUGCUACCACACCGGCACAACGUCCUUUUAUUGCGGGGAUUACACCAGUAGACACACUCGUAAGUGCAGGGCUGAGAAACAGAAGAUCAACCAACGCAAGCACAAGCACAAGAUCAUCCUCAGAGGCUUUAUCUUCAACAGCGGUAGAAGAAGGAACAACUUCAGUGAGAGUAAGUCAACAAGAAAAGUGUUGACAUAAACUGAAAUCUUAUUAGGAAUACCUUGAUACAAUCACUGGUAGGGAUGUAGCUGGAUCAGAGUUAGAGCCUCCUUCACCUCGACACACACGGAUUUUGAUCACAAUGUUCCCUGAUCAUCCUAGAGAGACAAUCACUAGAGCUUUGUCUUCUGCACACAAUGAUUUGAAUCGAGCAGUAGAAAUUAUGCUGAGUACACCAACACCUGGUGGCAGCGGUAGUAGUAAUACUUUGGCUUGAUAUUCCUUUUUUUCUGGCUUCAAUACCUCUAUGAUAUAUAUAUAUAUAUAUAUAUAUAUAGGCAUGGUUUUUUCUUUGUAAAUAACAAAAUGAUUU